CCCAGAUUAUCUCUCACUGAAUUAACAUCUCAUCCUACUGACCUGAUCCAGAAUAGAAGCCUGCCAACUUUCACUCACACACAGUCUGGGCGAAGACAUGUCCCCACCACACAUGUACACAUGUAAAGUAGUCUCUCAGCCCUCCAAGAUGAUGGACCCAACGUGGAGAUCUGCUGAGGUCUGGUACUCCAACGUGGUAGCUUCAUCUUGGUAUGGCGGGCCUUUUAAUCAGUUAACCAACAGCAUGGCACCAAUUUCAGAUCUGAUCAUCGUUCUGUGAUGGACUUAAAAACUGGAGAGUGACUGUUACUAACGGCUAGCAGCUUCUCUUUGCCAUAGAGGUGGGCUGAUCGUUAUUGGAUUGGCAACAUUCUCUCCUCUUCUUUGCUGCUUGUCUCCAUCCCUACUGGAGUCAUUGGAUUCACGUGGUACCAAGUCCCCACUUUAUUCAGCACAAUCCAAACUGAACAUGUUUCUUUGUGGGAUAUCACACAAUCUGAACCUUCAAGUCAAAGCUGAGCCAUCCAGCCCAACUCUACAGAUGGACACAAGCGGGUACUUUAGCCCAGGUGGCAUGUCAGACACCAGCAGUAGCUAUGGGCUCUCUGUUGGAGGACAAUCUCAGGGUUUGGACUCUCCCACGGCACUGCUUGGAUUCCCUGAUACCAGUGAAAAGUUGUUUGCAGACAGUCCACCUUCCAUGGGGGAGGACUCAGGCAUGCAGUGUGUUCUCAGGUCUGUCCCCAAGCGACUGUGCCUGGUGUGUGGAGAUACAGCCUCAGGAUAUCAUUAUGGAGUGGCUUCUUGUGAGGCCUGCAAAGCAUUCUUCAAACGCACAAUACAAGGUAACAUAGAAUACAGUUGUCCUGUGGUUAAUGACUGUGAAAUUACCAAACGGCGGAGGAAGUCUUGUCAAGCCUGUCGCUUCCGCAAGUGCCUGAAGGUUGGAAUGAUGAAGGAAGGAGUGAGACUGGAUCGGGUGCGAGGUGGGAGGCAAAAGUACAGACGCCCGGUGGAAGCUGAAGCUCCAGACCCUUGCAGUUUUCUCAACACCCUUCACUCACUACCUGGAAAGAAGACAACAAAUAAAGUGGUGUCACAUUUGGUUUUGGUUGAACCCGGAGAGAUAUAUGCCAGCCCUGACCUCAACCUUCCAGACAGCGACCUGCGUACACUGACUACACUGUGUGAGCUAAUCAAUCGCGAGCUGCUUAUCACCAUUGGCUGGGCCAAGCACGUCCCAGGUUUCUCUGUCCUUUCCCUGGCGGAUCAAAUGUCUCUCCUGCAGAGCGCCUGGAUGGAAGUCUUGGUCCUGGGCAUCGUCUAUCGCUCUCUAGAGAUGGACAACGAGCUGGCAGUUGCAGAGAACUUCUUGUUGAGCAGGGAAGAGUGCCGUAGCUCUGGCCUCUUGAACCUUCAUUCUGUACUUCUCCAGCUGGUCAGGAAAUAUCGCAAGACAAAGUUGGACAAAGAAGAAUUUGUCACACUAAAAGCCAUGGCUCUGGCCAACUCAGAUUCCAGCAGCAUCGAGAACGUGGAGGCUGUUCUGAACCUACAAGAUCGUCUUCACGAGGCCCUUCAGGACUAUGAGAGGGAGCACCACGCCGAGGACCCGCACCGGUCUGGCAAACUCCUCAUGACCUUGCCGCUACUCCGCCAGACAGCAAACGAAGCCGUGCGCACUUUCUGCCAGAUAAGACUGGAGGGGAGAAUCCCAAUGCACAAACUUUUCCUGGAAAUGUUGGAGGCCAAGAUGUGACUGAUGGAGCUCCAUCUACUGUACAGGAGCCCCAAUGGAUGAGCCAUGAGCCCCAAAUAUCUGGACACCGGACAGCAGCUUCUGUAUGUACCAAGAGUGGAAAUAACCAGGGCCAGUGGCGUAGCGUGGGUUGUCAGCGCCUGGGGCGAGGCAAGUAAUUUGCGCCCCCCUGACCCAUGGACUUAC